AUGCGGGUCUAUUUAGUAGUGUGCUGCCUUAUUUUCUACACCGUGCGUGGACAAGUAGAGUACUCCAUCGCCGAAGAAACUGAGCGCGGCGCGCCUGUCGGGAAUCUAGCACAGGAUUUGGGCAUCGAUGCGGCUAGGCUGCCCUUCCGCAGAUUCCGCAUGAUCACCAGUUCUAGUAAGCAGUAUUUCAACCUCAAUGCGAGCACCGGAGCUUUGUCUGUUAACGAGCCCGUCGACAGGGAAGAGGUCUGUGCACAAGAACCUACCUGCUCUCUGAAUUACGAACUCGUGUUAGAAACCCCCCUGGAACUUUAUAAACUGCAGUUUAAAAUAUUGGACGUGAACGAUCACACUCCUACUUUUCUGCUAGAGGAAUAUCAUGUGAAUGUCGCCGAGUUCCUGGCUCCAGGAGUUCGGUUUACUCUCCCCGUCGCCCAAGAUCUCGAUGAAGGCAUCAACAGCGUCCAGAGCUACAGUCUAAGCCCCAACCAGCAUUUCAGACUGGAAAUGCAGACUCGCGGGGAUGGGAGCCGGUAUCCUGAACUGGUAUUAGAAAAGCCCUUGGAUAGGGAGCAGCAGGCCACACACAGGCUUACUAUCACAGCUAAAGACGGAGGGAACCCCCAGAGGUCUGGAGACGCCCAGGUUGUGGUAACUGUCCUGGACACAAAUGAUAAUGCCCCUACUUUUGAGCAUUCUGUCUACAGGGCCAGCGUGUUGGAAAACUCUCCUAGAGGCACUCUGGUCACUAGGGUGCAAGCCACAGACUUAGAUUAUGGUCAGAAUGGAGAGGUCUUCUACUCGUUUAGCAACAGCACAUCCCCUGAGCUACAGAAGAUGUUCAGCAUCAACCCCCAAAGCGGUGAGAUAAAAGUCAGCGGUGCUUUAAAUGUCCAAAAGCCCCUGCUAGAGAUGUUCAUUGAGGCAAGGGAUAAAGGAGUCUUUGGCAUGUCUAGUGUAGCUAAACUGUUGGUGGAAAUUACUGAUGUGAACAACAAUGCUCCAGAGAUUACACUCACUUCGCUGUCCAGCCCCAUCCCAGAGGAUUCUUUGCUGGGCACUGUGGUGGCUCUUUUGAGUAUUACUGAUGAAGAUCCUGGUGAGAAUGGGAAAAUCAUUUGUAAGAUUCCUGUUGACAUCCCCUUCCAACUCAAGUCCUCUUUUGAUAAUUACUACAGCCUGAUCACAAGUGGUCAUCUUGAUCGAGAACGGGUCAGUGAAUACAACAUUACAGUCACUGCCUCUGAUCUGGGUUCCCCUCCCAUUGCCACUCAGAAAACACUUUGGGUACAGAUUGCUGAUGUGAAUGACAAUCCUCCCAAAUUCCUCAACCAGAUGCGUGAAAUUUACAUAGCAGAGAACAAUAAGCCUGGGGCAUCUGUUUUCCAGAUGUCCGCUUCUGAUCCAGAUCUCCAGGAGAAUGGUCGGGUAUCUUACUUUCUCAGGGACCUUGAUAUCCAGGGCAGCUCCUUGUCCAGAUAUUUAGCCAUUGAUGCAGACAAUGGAAUCAUCUAUGCAAAAGACACUUUUGACUUUGAGCAACUCCAAACUUUUCAUUUCCAAGUAGAGGCAAAGGACAAUGGUUUCCCAAUUCUGACUGCUACUUUUAUUGUCAGUGUUACCAUCAUAGACCAAAAUGACAAUGCCCCAGUCAUCUUGUAUCCAGAUGUGAGAAAUGCUUCAGUGGCGAUUGAAAUUGUGCCACGCUUGGCAAAUGCCAACUAUUUAGUGACCAAGGUGGUGGCCCAUGACCCAGACAGUGGGCAGAAUGCUUGGCUUUCUUACCACCUUCUGCACUCUUCUGACACAAGCCUAUUUCAGGUUUUACCAAAUUCUGGGGAACUUAGAACUAGUCGUUCAAUGAGAUCUAGUGACCCCAUCAAGCACAAAGUGGUGAUCUUGGUGACAGACAAUGGGGAUCCUUCCCUCUCCUCUACUGUAACUUUGGGCAUCCUACUAGCUGACACUCUCCCACAAGCACUCCCAGACUUUGAUGACAGCCUGGAAACACAUGGGCAGCAGCUGUCUAGCUUGAACUUCUACUUGAUCAUUGCUCUGGGCUGCCUUUCCCUUGUCUUUUUUGGAUUUAUCAUUUUCCUUUUUGCUGUUCGACUUUUCCACUGUAGGACUAACCCCUCUUGCAAUUGUUGUUGCCCCACGGAUGAGUAUGAAAAGUACCGGUACAAUGUGCGCAUGCUCCCAAGCUCUAAUUUUACCCCAGAGAUGGUUGAGAUUGCAGGGAUGGGGAAACUUACGCACACCUAUUUAUAUAGGGCAGCCCUAGGUGUAGGGACUAGCAAUAACAACUUGAUGUCCAACAGAGAUGCCGGGAGCCUUUCCAAGGGGGCGGGAUUAUUGCAAGUGCCAGCAUCCUGCAUUCAAGUACAGAAGGUGAAGAGUGACCACUUUAAUGCCAUUCUGGUGCCAAAACCACCCAAUCCUGAUUGGCGUUAUUCUGCAUCUUUACGAGCUGGAAUGCAAGGUGCUGUACACAUGGAAGAGACAGGAGGCCUGCGUGUUGGAUCUGGAGGACCCGAGCAGCAGUGGCCAACAGUAUCCAGUGCAACAACAGAACCUGAAGCUGGUGAAGUAUCCCCUCCAGUGGGAGCUGGCGUGAAUAGCAACAGCUGGACUUUCAAAUAUGGGCCUGGCAAUUCCAAGCAGCCAGGCCCAAGUGAGUUGCCAGACAAGUUCAUUAUCCCAGGAUCUCCUGCCAUCAUCUCCAUUCGUCAAGAUCCACCAAAUAGCCAAACUGAUAAAAGUGACUUUAUAACUUUUGGCAAGAAGGAAGAGACCAAGAAAAAGAAGAAGAAAAAGAAGGGAAACAAGGCUCAGGAUAAAAAAGAAAAGAUCAACAGCACUGCUGACAACAAUGAUCAGUGAGGGGUUUAUACUGAACAAUCGAUUUAGCCAAUUUUUGCAAUUUGGAAGAACUCUCCCAUGUAGCAACUCCCAACUUCUUCCUGUUAACUAAUUUCCUGUAUGUACAAGACUUCAAAAAAUCUGCAGGGAAUUCACAAUGUCUUUUGCUUGACAGGUUUUGUCUUGAAAGCUUUAUCACACCUGACAUUAACUAUUUUUAUCCACCCUGGCUUAUUUUCAGAUUAUAAAAAAAGCAGAUCUGUUUCUUUUCUCCUACUUUGGAAAAGAAACUUUUCACAACAUAGCCCAAGCAAAAUUGGAGUCUGUAACCCUAUCCUGAUGACAUAUAUGGAGGUGGAGAGGUAAACAGUUUUGUUAUUGUGCACCCUGUAGCUGAUUGAAAACUCCUGUGCACUGAUGGCUGGCUAGGUGAUGCAAGGUCAGGUUAAUAUGAUGCAAAAGCACUCGCAAAACAUGAACAAAUUAAGUUACUUGUUAAAUUAAUGUGCCCGGGGAUCUAAGUUAAAUUUGUGAUUAUUUUGUAUUCCAUCAGAUGUAUCCAUGUAUGUUUUGAGUGCAAGCUUUUCUAUAUUUUGUAUACACACUCCAGCAAAAAAACAAAACAAGUUUAACUCAGACAACUCAUAUGAGAAACCAUGAAGUAUGUCUGCUUCCAAGCCAUUGACCAUAUUGCCACAAUAAGGCCUUUGAUCUCCUAGCAAGGAUGUCCCUCAGGGAACGUCUGCAUGGCAACCUCCCGUAUCCUUGACUCACUACCGUAGAGCUAAACAAGGUGUGUGGAAAAUCUCCCCUUGGGGAAAAAAACACAAGUAACUUUGGAGAGUGGAGAUUCCUUAUUCAAAUCUUGUGUGCAGCUGUGUGGAUAGAAGUGUCUACAAUCCAGAUAAGUGAACGGCCCUCUGGGGACAUUGUCCAAGGCUGUUAGGAAACCACCGUGCUGACAAGCUCUCAAAGUUUAACAAAGGAAUUAAGGGCUGACAUCUCAGGAAUGUAAAUGACUGUGAUGUUUCCUUUAUGUCCUUGUUUCCACUCUAUUUAACAUUCCUUUGCACAUAGCAACUCUGAAAAUAUCAGAGUAUUUCCAUAAAACAUAUGCAAAAAUAUAGAAGGAAGUAGUCUUAUCCAUGCUAUUAGUGAUUUAAUAUUUUAUAAAGGGAGAAUAACUGUAAAUGAAAAAAAUAUAAUGUCCUUUACCCCCAAACCGAAGUAAAUUUACAGCCAUUAGAAAAUAUAAUUGCUGCUAAUAAAGUGCUUUAGAAAAAAUGCCUGAAACACUGUAUUAUAUCUGCCAAUCACCGCUUUAUUAUAUCAGGUCACUAGAUUGGGAAUGGGGACUGCCUCUUGCAUGCAUUAAAGAAAUAAAAGAUUUUCUUGCUCUCAUUUUGCUUUCCUUAUUCUGCACUUUGAGUACACUCCUUUUGUAAUAAUAAUAAUCAGGGGAAGUGGAAAUCAAUUCUUUCUCACCAAGCAACUUUACUAAUCUGCUAGCUCUGUUGCGUGUCUUGAUGUAUUUGCCUACAUGAUCUUCUUGGGUUUAGUUUCUCUAAGAUUUUAUGAAUUUCUGACCCUUCAAAUUAUUGCUUAUUAUGUAAAAUUAAAGUACUGUAAGUAUGCAACAUGCUCUUAUAAGUAUCCUAAAAUAUUUGUUCUGUGCUUAUAUAUGUGAAUGUCAAUGCAACUAUUAUCUAGUGUGGACAUUAAGCUUUAGUAGUUGAAUGUAAAUCUGCUAUUAUUUUUUGUACAUUUGUGAACAAGUGGAGUUGCGUUAAUAUUUUUAAGCACUGUUAGUAACCAGUUUUUGUGUAUGAUUUGAAACACAAGUAAAAUACCUUUCUUAAAUCAAGAAAUCAGUAAUUUGCAGGGUAUUAUUUUGAGGUCAGACCAUUAUAUGAACUGUGACUAAACAGUAAACUAAACAGCAAAGAAAAUAAAUUUCCUGGAUAUUAUAUGCUGCACACAAAGCUGCCUAAAAAUCCACAAGGAAGGCAAGAAUACUCUA